AUGUUUCCGUUUAAUGGCAAUGGAAUAAUAUUUAUAAAUCUGUUGUGUCAGGUCAUUCGCCCUGUACAAUAAAAUCGCAUUCAGUGUCAGCUCAGUACCGGAGCGCGAACGACGAAGCGUCCCCUCACGCAGACAUGCGUUUCGUGAUUAGCUAUGUGUUCGUAUUCACUGUUUGUUACGCAACAAUCGACGAUUACAAAGCGAAACGAGCCAAGAUCCUACGAGAUGAGGGACUCUUAUCUGUAGGGGGAAGUAUACAACUCACAGAUAAAGAAUCAACCGUCAACAACUGUAUAAUGCAGCAUAAGUUCCGAGAAGUGGACUACGGUUUUAAUAAUCCGCAAUACUACAAGUUCUCCCGUCACUUCUUCACCUACAAGGAUGACAUAUGUCUUUCUAAAGUCUAUCAGAUUAUAAAGGAUAUGCCCAAAGGAGCAGCAUUACAUAUACACGAUAUGGGUAUUUUAGGUCCCGAUUACAUCAUGAAUUUGACAUAUUCGGACGAACUUUACAUAUGUUUCGACAAAAACAAUGUUAAAUUCAAAUUUUCCGAUAAAACACCGAAGACGCCGUGUAAAAGCAAUUGGCAAUUAAUAAACGAAGCGAGAAAAUCAUCUAACAGUACCAAGUUUGAUAUGAAAUUACGAAAAUAUUUUACACUGCGAGUUAGCAAUCCCGAUGCUUCAUAUCCAAGUAUCAAAGAGUCUUGGGAAGUUUUUAUGAAAUAUUUUGGAAGGGUCAUUGGUAUACUGACAUAUAGACCAAUAUGGGAACAAUAUUUCUACGACGUACUUUUAAAAUUUAAAAACGACAACGUAAUGUAUCUUGAAGUCAGAAGUGUUUUGCCUAAUUUAUAUGAAUUGGAUGGAACGCUGUACGCGCCACUCAUAACAGCGAAAACAUAUAGAAAAACUAUUGAGAAGUUCAAAAAAGAUCAUCCCGAUUUUAUUGGAGCGAAACUUAUAUACGCACCUUCCAGAAGUGUGAACCGAUCACAAAUGGACGAAUACUUACGUUUAGCGAAAGCCAUUAAAGCAGACGUGCCGGAUAUAUUCGCAGGGUUCGAUUUAGUGGGGCAGGAAGAUUUAGGAAGUCCCUUAAUCGAAUUUAUUCCCCAACUCACAGCUGCUUCCAAAGAUUUAAAUUAUUUCUUCCAUGCCGGUGAAACUGACUGGUACGGAACUUUGACUGAUGAAAAUCUUAUUGAUGCUAUAUUGUUAGGAGCGAAGAGAAUAGGCCACGCUUAUGCUCUUUCAAAACAUCCAUUGUUAAUGAAAGAAGUUAUUGAUAAAGGCAUAGCAUUAGAAGUGAAUGUCAUUUCAAAUACAGUAUUAUCUUUGGUUCGUGACGUACGUAAUCAUCCACUGAGUAACUUUUUCGCUCAAGGAAUGCCAGUGGUGCUUUCCAGCGAUGACCCAGGCGCAUGGGAAGCUGAUCCAUUAUCCGAUGACUUUUAUGUUGCAUUUGUUGGUGUUGCCAGUCGCCUGUCUGAUUUGAGACUAUUGAAACAAUUAGCAAUUAAUUCAUUAACAUACAGUACUCUGGAUGCCGAUGAAAAAGAAAAAGCGUUAGAUAAUUUUAGUUUAAAAUGGAAUACAUUUGUUGAUAAUUUCAAUUGUUCUAAGUAUUAAAUUUAAAAUGAUGAUUUUACCUUUUACCAUAUUAUUUUUUAUUUUACAACAUAAAUAAUAAAUAUGUAUAUAAAAGAGUGUAUUUCUAUUAUAAAAACAAAAUCGUGCAAUUUAAUUUUGCAUCAGCGGAUAUUGUCAAUUGAAACCGGAUAUUCUUAUCGGAUAAUG